UUUUUUUUUCCCGUUUGGUUGGGUUUUGCGUGUCCCUUUUGGGAUCCUUGGGGUCACGCGGCUGGGCAUCCAGACCGGUGCCAUGGUUCCCGAAGUGGCCGCCCUCGCGCGGCUCAAGCGCCCCUCCUGCGAUGAGGUGCAUCAGACCUUGGCUCCCUUCUUGGAGCGAUGGCGACGCAGCCCCAAAGACGCCACCAAGGUUCUGUCCAGCCUGCGGCAGGGGGAGCAGGCGGAGCAAGUGCUGCAGACCAUGGUCUCUGCACAGGUGGAGACCAACGUCUUUCACUUUGGGGCUGCUCUGGGCGUGUGCGAGCGGGUUGGCAGUUGGGCGUUGGCGCUGCACUUGCGGAGCCGUAUGGAACAAGCCCACGUGUCGGAGAAUGUCUUCAGCUGCAGCAGCACCAUUGGCGCCUGCGAGAAGGGCCAGCGCUGGGACCUGGCCUUGGAAGUCCUGGGGCAGAUGGAUUCCGUGCAGCCCAACGUGAUCACCUUCAGCAGCUGCAUUCGCGCCUGCGCCAGAUGCGAGCAGUGGCAGGCAGCCCUGAGGCUCCUGGAAGAUAUGGAAGCUGCCCAGGUGCAGCGUAACGACUUCUCGUACAAUGCGGUGAUUCUGGCACUGUCUGGUGCAAACGAGUGGCAAAGAGCCAUCCACCUGCUGACGGUCAUGGUCCAGUCCGAGUUGGCUCUGGACUCCUUCAGUUCGGCCACCGCCAUGGAUGCAUGCGCAUCUUGUGGGCUAUGGCAGCAAAGCCUUGGACUCCUGGCCCGGCUGCCUGCGCCGGAUCUCGUCUGCUGCAACGCCGCGCUGAGCGCCUGCGAGAAGGGCGGCCGAUGGCAGCAUGCUCUCGCCCUCUUUGAGGAGAUCACGACCUUGGGGCUCCAGCAGGACAUCAUCAGCUACAACUCGGUGAUUAGUGCCUGUGAGAAGGGUCUGCGACUUGAGGAGGCACUCGCCCUGUUUCAGCGAUGCGAGUCCUUCGCGGACGUAAUCACCUUCAGCAGCGUCAUCAGCGCCUGCGAGAAGUGCGGGGCUUGGCAGAUGGCCCUGGACCUCCUCUUUGAGACCAUGCCGGCAAGAGCCGUACUGCCGAACACGGUCAGCUUCAACGCCGCCAUCAGCGCCCAACGCGCGUGGCAAGCUGCUGUGGGGCUCUUGGAAGAGAUGAUGCGAAGAGACCUGGUGCCGGACACUGUCACGGGCAAUGCGGCCAUCAGCGCAUGUGAGGAGAGCGGGCAGUGGAGGGCGGCUCUGGCGCUGCUCGCUUGGAUGCCGGAGCAUGGAUGCUCGCUUCAAGUCAUCGGCGUCAGUGCGGCGAUCAGCGCCUGUGAGAAGGGCCGGCGCUGGAGAGAGGCGCUUCAUCUCCUGUGGCGUAUGCCUGCCCUUAGGUGCAAUGCUAACAUCGUGAGCUUCAACAGUGCCCUGAGUGCGUUGGAGCAGUGCUGCCGUUGGGACCAGGCCUUGCUGCUUCUACACUGCAUGCCGGAGGCCAAUCUCGAUCCAGACUUGAUCAGCUUUAACACGGCCACGUCGGCGUGUGAGCGCGCGGGCAGGAACUUGGCCAUGCAGCCGUUGCUGAAUUCGCUGCCCAGAAGGCUUCUACAGCUUCUGCACCCCUGAAUGGCUCA